GGAAGCAACUACUAGCUCCUAGCUGUUUGUUUUGUUAGCAUAGCGAUGAUUUUCACGGCGUUAGUUUAGGGAGUUCAAGACACUUCAAGACUACUGUAAAAUUAUUCUGACAUUAUUCACUGUCAUUUAAUUGGAAAGGAUGGCUCUUCCCCCGCAGUUAAAGGCAGUCCAGCAUCAUUUAAGAACAGCCCAAGAACAUGAUCAAAGGGACCCGGUUGUGUCAUACUACUGUCGCCUUUACUCCAUGCAGACAAGCAUGAAGCUGGACAGUAAGAGCCCAGAAUGCCGCAAGUUCCUGAUUAAAUUAAUGGAUCAGUUGGAGACGAUGAAGAAGGAUCUGGCUCAUCAUGAGUCCAUAACUCAAGAGAUCGUCGGCCAGGCUCACAUUGAAAACUAUGCCUUAAAAAUGUUCCUCUAUGCUGAUAACGAAGAUCGAUCUGGACGCUUUCACAAAAACAUGAUAAAGUCCUUCUAUACAGCCAGUCUUUUGAUAGACGUUCUCACAGUAUUUGGAGAAUUAACGGAUGAGAACGUUCAGCACAGGAAGUAUGCAAGAUGGAAGGCAACCUAUAUCCACAACUGUCUGAAGAAUGGCGAGACCCCUCAAGCUGGCCCACUCGGAAUGGAUGGGGAAGAAGAAGACGAUGACGAGGGGUUUUCUGGUGCCCAGGGCCAAGACCCUCAGGGUCCUCCGUCUGGCUCAUACAUGCAGCCGCCCGAGCAGCCGCCCGCGGGCGCAGCGGGACCCAACUUCAACAACAUCCAGAUAUCCCCAGGUGCCCACGCGCCGGCCAACACGCCCGCUGAACUGCCUUCUUCAUCAGACAACAUCAAGCCAAUGCCGGUUCCCAGAAGCAUGCCAGCCAUCGAUCCGUCUUUGCUGAACUCAAAUCAAGACGGUGACGUGCGGCUCACCCCGGAGGACUUCACCCAGGCCCAGAAGUACUGCAAGUACGCCGGCAGCGCUCUGCAAUACGAGGAUGUGGGCACCGCCAUUCAAAACUUGCAGAAGGCCCUCAAGUUGCUCACCGCCGGCAAAGAAUGAAGGCAUUGUUUCCCGACUUAUCACUCAUCUCGCUGAAAGGAACCCCCACUACAGAACCAUGGUCCAGGCCACAGCUGUUUCAGGCAAGAGAGAGAGAGAUAGAGAGGGAGAGGGACUACUCCGGGAGCAGAAAAUUACAAAUACACAAUGGCCACUGUGUCUCUCUACAUUUAACCUAUUUAAUGUCUUUUAUGGUAGUUCUCUGCUAUGCCAUAGCGUGAAACGGGGAAGAUGUGGAUGUAUUGAUUGUACUUUUAACGGCUUGGUGUGGAUAUGGUGUGAUCUAAAAGGCAAGGAAGGAUUUUCACUGAUCUUUUUUUUUUUUAAACGUUCUAUUGUUCUCAUCUUUUUAUGUAUGGAAGAUAGUAUAUGAUACCCAAUAAAUCACAUGGUAGGAACUCUGUACCAUAUUGCACUAUUGUUUACUUGGCUUUGUUCUGACCUAAAUAAAAGCCUAAAACUUG